AUGCGUGGGGGAUCCCAGCAGGUGGUGGUGAGGAUGCACCAUGUGAGUAGGGUUCGAGGCCUGGAGACUCAACUGGUGUGGGCCAUCUCCAAGGAGACAGCCAGGCUUAGUCCAGAGGGCAUCCCCUACUGUGCCACCAAGGUGCAGUCUGUCACUUGGAUCCAGUAUGUGGCUGGCAGGGUGACCCAGUAUGCGUCUCACCUCCGCCACGAGACGUCUGUGGACGUGACGUUUGGCUGCUACCAGCAGACUGAUGUCUCGGUGGUGUACGCCACUCUCCACAUGGGGCUGGAUGGGCUGCUCUCCUCCUCGUGGGGGUCGGAGGCUGCCUCCGUCUCUACGCCCACCAAUCAGCAGUUCACUGAGCCAGAGCCUGAGGGCCACAACCUCUAUGAGGGGGAGGUUCCUCUGCUAAACCUCUACCUUACCACCAAGAGAGUGGAGGACAUCGCCCUGAGGCUCGUCUCCCUGCGCCAGGCCUUCACUACACUGCUUGGUUCCACCCUGAGCAGGAACCAUCUGUUUGUGGCAGGAAAGGUCCUAAUGGGCGCACUGGUUCAGGCCCACCACAUGGACGAGUCCGAAUUCAUCCGUGCCUAUAAUGACUUUGUGGACUACCUGAGUGACCCCUCCAAGAAGAUUGACAUUGAGAGGGAGCUGGCUGAGGCAAAGAUCCAUCAUGUUAACCUGAUAGAUGUCCUCUUUGAACUGGUGCUGUUUGGGUUGAUGACAGCUCAGAAGUCCCUGAUGGUGCACCCUGGUGGGUUCAUGGAGCGUCUGUACGCUCUCCUGUACUCCUUCCUGCCCGCUGCUGCCAGCAUUGAGCCAAAGGCUGAGAGAUACCUGCUGCUGCUCAAUGGCGGGCUGAUGGCUCUGCUUGAUGACAUGUUUGGGCAGCAGCUGGCCUGGUACUUUAACCCAGAAUCUUUGGUCACUGAGCUCUCCAGCCUCCUGGAGUACCACCUGGAGAACCUCAUGGCCAGCAUGUAGUCCUACUGCAGAGAUCUGAAAGGCCACACUCUCUCUUGCUCUCUCUCUCUCUCUGUCCAUCGCUCUCUCUCUCUCUGUCCAUCUCUCUCUCUCUGUCCAUCUCUCUCUCUCUCUCUCUCUCUGUCGAUCUCUCUCUCUCUUUCUCUCUCUCUGUCCAUCUCUCUCUCUCUCUCUCUCUCUCAGGAUUUGAGGACUUGAAGUGCUUUGUUGAACCUUGAUUAGUUAACACACAUUAAAUUAAUGUUUUCUCUUGUUUUCUCUCCCCACAGGAUUCUUGUGCCACUUUGCCACCUAAGAGGGAUAUAGACAUUAACGCACUAUAUUACUUUGCACUGAAUUUUACAUUUUU